AUGUCAAGCGAACAGGUUAUGAGCCCAAGCUUACAGAUGAAAGACGACGCCAACACGGCACAGGCACCGCCAACAACCAGUCACCAAAGGGCUGCGACGGAGCCUGCUGUUGUCGUCCCUCCUCACGCUCACGAAAGGAGCGCGGACACCAAUGCUCUAGAGAGGGUUCUCACGAUGCUGGGGGGCGUGGAAGAGCGCAUGAAGAAGAUGGAGCUGUCGCAGGCGAGAAUUUCCGAAGACGAGCGCAUGCGAGGCGCUGUCGACAGCGGUAUGUUUGGCUCUAUGCUCGGCGCCGACUUCGCAGGCAAGCUAAAUCGAGACGCUCUCGACUGGUCGGACUUGCGAAGUCACCAAGCGCCGCGUCCUACUAUGGAUAGGCUUGACGGGUUUGGGUUAAGUGCUCAUCAAGAUGUGCCGCAACGCGCACUGCCACCGCCUCGCCCACCUGUUCCAUCCCCGUAA